AUGCUUCUGGAAACUAAAGUGGAUGGAGAACCGAGCGGAGACGCCGUGACCCGCAAACCGUCCAGCGACAUGGACUCCUGUGCUGUUUACGACUGCAGCAGAGACGACCAGCUCUGCAACAAUGGACUCUUGACCUCGGAGUCUCGCGCCGCAGAGAGGUUAAGCCAAGGAUUUCACCAAUGCGAGUGUUUGGAAGCGCGUGAUCCCGGUGCUAAUCUCGGCGUAGCUUCUGGUCCGGGACAAGACCUCGACGAAUGCAAGAGAUGUAAGCCAGAAGAUCCGCUGUUGUCUUCCCAAACGCAGACGGAUCUCUCCACGCAGCGAGAGAAGCAGGAGUUUGGAGAGAAAGGAUUUGGAGAGACUGGUUCUGAAGAGUUAGACGAGACAAACCAGUUCCUUUUGAACCAAGAACCCGGUUUGGAAGUGGACUUGUCUGACAGCUUUGAGGACUUGAGUCAGAGCGAGGCAGGUUCAGAGGAGGUAGAGGAGGACGAAGUCAGCAAUCACAGCUUUUACGAAGAGGACGGUUGCAGCGACGUGAACGACAGCGGACUUCCCGAGGAGUUCGAGAACUUUGACGACAUUUCGCAAGACAGCUGCGAAGGCAUAGAACAGAUACCGGCUGUAGGCGCAGACGAGGAUCUAUCCAGGAGCUGUUACGAAGUGGUUGAACUUGAGACUGACGCUUGUGACGAAGAGUUGCCUGAUGAUUUAGAGCAAGACAACGAAGAUAAAGACGACAAAGAUCUAUCCCUGGACAGUUCUGAGGUGGUGGAACUUGAGAAUAAAAAAUGUAGUUACGAGUUUCAAGGUUAUUUGCGUGGCGGAGAUUUGGAGCGAGACACAAGUGAAGGUUUGGAAACGACUUUUGAACACGUUUCGAACCUCGACGAAUCCACAGCAGACGUCGCGGAAGAUUUGGCAGAAGACGGCGGUAACUUUGAUCUGAGCGAGUUUUCCGAAAUGCCAGAAGUAGCAGAAGAAAGCGAAAUCUCACCGCAGGCAAACGCCGUCAACGUUAUAUUCUGUAGAGAAGACGAUUCGUCCGAUUGCUCUUUCAAGACUUGUCCAGAAGGCAGCGUUGCGUCCGCUCCCAGCUCCAGUUCCUCCGGAGUCUCCGACAAAAGCGGAGAAGGCGACUCCAGCGACGAGCAGACGCAGUGGGAGUCUUUCGAAGAAGAAGAGGAGGAGGAGGAGGAGGAGGAGGAGGAAGUGGCCGAAAUAACAGAGAAGACAAAACCUGCGCCGGACUUUGUGGUCGAGGAUUACUUUAGUUUUUUCGACAGCGAUGAUUUAUACGGGUUCUCACAAAAACAGAGCUACAUCUCGUGUUUCGAGGGCGGAGACGUCAGCGAGCACCUGAACUACGAGCAGCGCCAGGCCGAGAAGCAGAACCUGAGGAACAAAGGACGAGGUUUGGAGGAAGAGCUGACAAUAGAGCAGCAGGAGGAGGAGGAGCAGGAGGAGGAGGAGCAGGAGGAGAUAGAGGAGAUAGAGGAGGCAGGUGAGGAUCUGGGAGAGGGAGAAGAGGAGGAGCUAGAGGAGGAGGUUCUUGAAGCGGGUUAUGAGGACAAUAUUGACGACAAAGCUUCUCCAAAUGAAGCAGUUUACCAAGAAGAGGAGGAGGAGGAGGAGGAGGAGGAGGAGGAGGAGGAGGAAGCCUUUGUGGACAAUAAUGCUGAUAUAACUGAGCAAGAAACGACCAAUUUCCACCAAGAACGGAUAAAAAACUCUCAAAACAAACACCAAGAACUGAUGGACAACUCUCCGGGUGCAGACAGUUCUGACCCGUUGGACCUGGAUCGCGACUCGGACCUCGGGUUUCCUCCGUGGGUCGAGGACAUUUCCGUGGAGGGCGACGCGUACUGCGACUCCUCAGACGUGAGCGACUUGUCGGAGGACCUGGAGGACGGUUUCUGCGUGAGCGAAGACGUGGCGUUGUUGGCGUGCUCCGAAGCCGAACCCUACUGCUCACGCUUUCACCUCCACCCCGCGGACCAGGAGGAGGAGGAGGACCGGGAGGAGGAGGAAGACCGGGAGGAGGAGGAGGACCGGAAGGAGGAGGAGGACCGGGCGGAGGAAGUCCUGGAGGUGGAGGAGUAUUAUGUGUUGGAGAUGAGGAGUCUUCAGACGUCCUCGCUACAAGCUCUACGAGACUUUCUGCUCGAUGUAGAACUGAAGAUGGACAUUCGAGGCGCGUUUUGGGACGAAUCGGAGGGACUGGGAGAGGCAGAGUUAGCCGAGGCAGAGCUAGCCGAGCGGGGUUCCCAGGGUGCACUGCAGGGGGCGGCAGAGGGAGCUCCAGUCGGGUUGAUCCACAGCGUUCCGGAGAGUGUGAAGAAGACGGAGGCAGACGGCGACUCGGAGGAUGAAGGCAGCGACUCGGAGACGGAGGAGUGUGAGUGCGAGUACUGCGUCCCGCCCACAGACCAGGCCCCCUGUGAGCCGCUGCUGCCCCAGCCCCACUGCUCUGAGUCUGGGAAGAUGUGUGUCGUCAUCGACCUGGACGAGACGCUGGUGCACAGCUCCUUCAAGCCCAUGAGCAAAGCAGACUUUGUCAUUCCAGUGGAGAUCGAUGGUACCAUCCACCAGCGUUGGAAGUGGGUGAGGACGUGGCUGUGGGUGAGGACGUGGCUGUGGGUGAGGACGUGGCUGUGGGUGAGUUAUGUGGCUGUGGGUGAGGAUGUGGCUGUGGGUGAGGACGUGGCUGUGGGUGAGGACGUGGCUGUGGGUGAGGACGUGGCUGUGGGUGAGGACGUGGCUGACGUGGCUGUGGGUGAGGACGUGGCUGUGGGUGAGGACGUGGCUGUGGGUGAGGACGUGGCUGUGGUUAUGUGGCUGUGGGUGAGGACGUGGCUGUGGGUGAGGACGUGUCUGUGGGUGAGUUAUGUGGCUGUGGGUGAGGACGUGGCUGUGGGUGAGGACUUGGCUGUGGGUGAGGACGUGGCUGUGGGUGAGGACGUGGCUGUGGGUGAGGACGUGGCUGUGGGUGAGGACGUGGCUGUGGGUGAGUUAUGUGGCUGUGGGACGUGGAUGUGGGUGAGGACGUGGCUGUGGGUGAGUUAUGUGGCUGUGGGUGAGGACGUGGCUGUGGGUGAGGACGUGGCUGUGGGUGAGGACGUGGCUGUGGGUGAGGACGUGGCUGUGGGUGAGGACGUGACUGUGGGUGAGGACGUGGCUGUGGGUGAGGACGUGGCUGUGGGUGAGGACGUGGCUGUGGGUGAGUUAUGUGGCUGUGGGACGUGGCUGUGGGUGAGUUAUGUGGCUGUGGGUGAGGACGUGGCUGUGGGUGAGGACGUGGCUGUGGGUGAGGACGUGGCUGUGGGUGAGGACGUGGCUGUGGGUGAGGACGUGGCUGUGGGUGAGGACGUGGCUGUGGGUGAGGACGUGGCUGUGGGUGAGGACGUGGCUGACGUGGCUGUGGGUGAGGACGUGGCUGUGGGUGAGGACGUGGCUGUGGGUGAGGACGUGGCUGUGGGUGAGGACGUGGCUGUGGGUGAGGACGUGGCUGUGGGUGAGGACGUGGCUGUGGGUGAGGACGUGGCUGUGGGUGAGGACGUGGCUGUGGGUGAGGACGUGGCUGUGGGUGAGGACGUGGCUGACGUGGCUGUGGGUGAGGACGUGGCUGUGGGUGAGGACGUGGCUGUGGGUGAGGACGUGGCUGUGGGUGAGGACGUGGCUGUGGGUGAGGACGUGGCUGUGGGUGAGGACGUGGCUGUGGGUGAGGACGUGGCUGUGGUGUUCUUGCUGGUUGCUGAUUGGUCGGUUCUGUGUGUCCAGGUGUAUGUUCUGAAGAGGCCUCACGUUGACCUCUUCCUGCAGAGAAUGGGACAACUGUUCGAGUGCGUGCUCUUCACCGCCAGUCUGUCCAAGUAUGCAGACCCGGUCUCAGACCUGCUGGACUCCUCGGGAGCCUUCAGGUCCCGUCUCUUCAGAGAGGCCUGUGUUUUCCACAGAGGGAACUAUGUGAAGGACCUGAGCCGUUUGGGCCGAGACCUGAGGCGGGUCAUCAUCAUCGACAACUCCCCCUUCUCCUACGCCUUCCACCCCCACAACGCUGUCCCCGUGGUCUCGUGGUUUGACGACGUCUCGGACACAGAGCUCCUGGACUUGAUCCCGUUCUUCGAGAAACUGAGUCUGGAGCAGGAGGUCUGA